AUGGCAGUCGUUGAUCCGAUUCCAGCUCAAUUCGAGUUCGCUACAUUCAAUAGCAUCAAGGUCGGCUCUCAGGGCGCCGCAUCAAGCAAAGCUCCCUUUUUAUUCAUCGUCAAAACCCCGACUUCCGGCGCAUUGUCCCGCUCAACUACCCGAAGCGCCGCUGCCAGCAUCAACAGCCAUGCCCAACGGUGGGCUCAAGAGGUGGCCACUUCCAAGACGCUCAGUGGCAGCGGCGUUCCACGCCAGACAGAUACACUACUCUUCGAGAAAUGCUUGACGAGGUGCCGAGUUUCUCGGCUACUUGAUGAACCAAAUAAACCAUCCAGGGGGCGGCGCUCAGCAAAUGCGAAGCAAACGAGUCAUACAACAAGAAAACGGUCCACGAAACCGCAGCAGCUACCUUCCGAAAGCCUCUGUGCGAUGACGGGCCAGGAUCUAUCACCAAGCCCAGAAUCCGAGUCUCAGCGGCAGCAAGACUCGAGUGAGGACGAGUAUCUGGAUGAUGAGGUGAUUCAGCAGCUAGUCACCCGGUCUUCUGGUUCUUUCCACAACGCGGCCGUCGACCCAUUUGAUUGCACGGCUGGCACGAUAGACAGCGAUAUGGUUCCCAUCCUCGAAUACUAUCUCUUCUUUGCUCUCCUCUCCAGACCUCGAGAUAACGAUGGUCAGAGACCUACAGAUGCGCCAUUUGCCCGACAUUUCGCUAGCAUCGACGCCAUCAUACAAGGCUGCAUGAGGAAGAGUGUCCAUAUGUAUGCCCUCUUAGCAGCCACAGCCAGCCGGAUGAGACGGGUCUCUGGCGUUUCCUUCCAUGCGGACAACGGACCUGAAAUCUACCUAGAUAAGGCUCUUCAAUGCCUGCGAUUACUGCUCGACAGCCAGUCGGCGGCUGAAGACCGUCAGAUCAUAGUAGACAUAUAUUACCUAAGCGUAUGCGGGUGGUAUAUGGAGAACUACGGGGAAUCACAGACCCACUUCAAUGUCCUCAAGCAUUUUUGGAAGACGUUGGCUCCGGGGCAGUCGACGCUGGAUCAGUACGUUCAUGACAUGCUUAGUUAUAAUGCCAUCUUCUUGGAAUCCGAUGCCACAAAUUUGGCGGAAUUAGUGGCCACGCCUGAGCUUCUUUGUCCUUCUACGGGCAGUGGAACCAUCUAUCAAUCCGACACCUGGCAUCCAAACCGAAUCUGUUCGGAUCGCCACUUUUCAGCCUUCUCAGCAGCUCUUGAACAGACGAGGUACAGUCCCGACCUGAAGGACCUGAUAGAGGAGCUCCCCUCUCUUCUGCAGCUAUAUGAUCACUUACUCCGAAACCCCGACUUCAUCGGUCCCGAGACAGACUGGGUUCACAGCAAGAGCAAAUUCCUUGUCCUCCGCUUGCUGGAACUCCCCAGCUAUGGUAGCGAACUGUGCUGUCGUCUGUCUUUGGUCUUGCUGCUUCAACGGAUCUCGCAGUCGACUCUGGCCAGGCUCCACUCCACCGACUGCUCUUCUUCGGCGCCUGAUAAACACCCACUGAUUGACCCGGCCUUAAUCACACAACGGCUUAGACGCGAACUCCAAUACGAAAUCCUCCAGCCGUCAAACGAAAUCCCCUCUGUUGUCGAUACCCCACCGCAAUCCAACGACGAAGCCCACGUGAUAUGGACAGGUAAAUCUAACCACUUGCUCCUGUGGAUCCUGAUCACGGGUCUCUCCGGCGCGCGCAGUACGGACCAGGAGGACGAGCACCAGUGGUUCUUGGCCCGCGCUGUCCCGUCAAUGCGGCUACUGGGGAUCGAGACCAUGGGGCGGCUGGAGGAGUUGGCGAGGUCGUUCGUGUGGGUCGAGGGGCUGCUCGAGGACCAGGCGUUUGAGGAGGUUUUUGGCACGAUUUCGGUUUCCAGCGAGGAAGAUGGAUGA